AUGUGGGAAGGAGGAGGUCCACGCUACCCCCACCUCUUCCUGCUGCUGCUGCUGGCCUGCCAGCCACAGACCCCCUCUGCUCAGGUGAUGGAUUUCCUAUUUGAGAAGUGGAAACUCUAUGGUGACCAGUGUCUCCACAACCUGAGCCUGCUGCCCCCGCCGACUGAGCUGGUCUGUAACAGAACCUUUGACAAAUAUUCCUGCUGGCCGGACACCCCUCCCAACACCACGGCCAACAUCUCCUGCCCCUGGUACCUGCCCUGGUACCACAAAGUGCAGCACCGCCUCGUCUUCAAGAGGUGUGGGCCUGAUGGGCAGUGGGUGCGUGGGCCUCGGGGGCAGCCGUGGCGAAACGCCUCCCAGUGCCAGAUGGACGACGAGGAGCUUGAAGUCCAGAAGGAGGUGGCCAAGAUGUACAGCAGCUUCCAGGUGAUGUACACGGUGGGCUACUCCCUGUCCCUGGGGGCCCUGUUCCUGGCCCUCGCCACCCUGUUGGGCCUCAGUAAGCUGCACUGCACCCGCAACUACAUCCAUAUGAACCUGUUCGUGUCCUUCAUGCUCAAGGCCAGCUCCGUGCUGGUCAUCGACACGCUGCUUAAGACGCGCUACAGCCAGAGGAUCGGGGACGACAUCAGCGUGAGCGUCUGGCUGAGUGAUGAGGCAGUGGCUGGCUGCCGGGUGGCCGCGGUGUUCAUGCAGUACGGUAUCGUGGCCAACUACUGCUGGCUGUUGGUGGAGGGCGUGUACCUGCACAGCCUGCUGAGCCUCGCCGCCGUCCCUGAGAGGAGCUGCUUCCCCCUCUACCUGGGCAUCGGCUGGGGUGCCCCCAUGCUGUUCGUCAUCCCCUGGGCCGUGGUCAAAUGUCUGUUUGAGAACAUCCAGUGCUGGACUAGCAAUGACAACAUGGCCUUCUGGUGGAUUCUGCGCUUCCCUGUCUUCCUGGCCAUCCUGAUCAACUUCUUCAUCUUCAUCCGUAUCCUUCACCUCCUGGUGGCCAAGCUGCGAGCCCACCAGAUGCGUUAUACUGACUACAAGUUCCGGCUGGCCAAGUCCACACUGACCCUCAUCCCCCUGCUGGGAGUCCACGAGGUGGUAUUCGCCUUUGUGACCGAUGAGCACGCCCAGGGCACCCUGCGCUCCGCCAAGCUCUUCUUCGACCUCUUCCUCAGCUCCUUCCAGGGUCUGCUGGUGGCUGUUCUCUACUGUUUCCUCAACAAGGAGGUGCAGUCAGAGCUGCUGCGGCGCUGGCAUCGCUGGCGGGAGGGUAAAGCACUGCAGGAGGAGCGCCACACCGGCAGCCACACGACCAGGCCCCUCAGGGGCCCCCUCAGUGAGAAGCUGCUGCUUUCAAGGGGCAGUGGCAGCAAUGGGGCCAGCCAGGACCCCUCUGCUGAGACCCGCUUGGCCGGUGGCCUUCCUGGAUCGGCCGAAAACCCCCAGUGA